AUGGCUCUACCUGUGGCUCUCCCUGUACAGGUGCCUGUAUUGGUACCUGUCUCCGUACUUGUGCCUGUAUCUAUACGGGUGCCUUUCUCUGUACCUGUCCCUAUCCCUAUCCUUGUACCUAUCUCUGCACCUGUCUGGGACCCUGCGCUCUCAGACCUUGUGCUCUUAACAGUUCCCCCCGCCUUGGAUCUCGACACUCUUCCUAGGUCAGCCCCUAUCAUCAACCCCAUUAGUAAUUGGGAGACCAAACUUGUGGUCAACCUCUCUCCCGCCCACAUUGAUCCUCUCGCUUUCAACUUCCUCAAGCGAGGUCUUAACUUUGCCUUGACUCCUCGCAACAUUCCGCACAUCGACUUCCUCAUCGAGAUCAAAAAUGCGGUUCGUACCCUCCCUCUUGAUGUUGCUGAAGAGAUUAGACAAGAUUGUGCUGUAGCGCUCCGUUAUGCCAAACCUCCUAAAUUCAACAUCCCUAAAGCUGAGCUGUUGGCCUUCAAUAAUCUAAUGCACAAUAAUGACCUUAUCAUCUCAAGAGCUGACAAAGGCAAUGCCACGGUCAUUAUGAGCAAACCAGAUUACUUGGCCAAAAUGGAAAUCCUCCUCUCAGAUUCCAGUAGUUACAAAAUUUUGUCUCGUAACCCGUGCCCGAAGAUUCUGAAGGCAGUUAGAUCUGCUAUUUCUAACUCCUCUUUGGAUGAUUCUACCAAACUUCAUCUUCUUCCGUCUAAGGAAGUGACCCCUCGUAUAUAUGGGGUCCCAAAAAUUCACAAAGCCAACAUUCCUUUGAGACCCAUUGUCGAUACCAUUGGGUCUCCGACUUACAAGUUAGCCGCUUUUCUUGCCAAAUUAAUCUCUCCGCUUGUUGGUAACUCCAACUCCUUCAUCAAAGAUUCCAACCAAUUUGUCCAGUUUAUCAAGGACACUAAGUUGGACCCUCAAGACACUCUUGUGAGCUUCGAUGUGGUGUCCCUCUUCACCAAGGUCCCUAUUCUAGACGCCAUAGAGAUUGUCAAGCUUAAGGUCAAUGAGGAAAUCGCCUCUUUAGUGGAACUUUGCUUAAGGUCAACCUUCUUCGCCUUCCAAGGUGUUAUCUAUGAACAGGUUGACGGAGUAGCCAUGGGCUCCCCUCUCUCGCCGGUCAUUGCCAACAUAUUCAUGGAACAUUUUGAAGAGGUGGCCUUACAUUCUUUCCCCCUCAAGCCAAAAUGGUGGAAACGAUAUAUGGAUGACACCAAUGUAUGUUGGCCCCACGGCUUGGACAGGUGUUUCGCAAAACUACCCACACUGACUUAUAUCUUCAUUCGUCUUCUCAUCACCACCAUAGCCAGAAAGUUGGGAUCCUCAAAACCUUGGCUUUAA